AUGAAAAGUGCAAAUCACCAUUUAUUGGUAGGUUUGUUGUUGUUGGCUGUGGGGUUAUGCGAUGCAAUCGAUCAGAAGCGCCCCCAUUAUCGUAAAAGUUUCAUUAACCCUUAUCCGAGAUUUCGUGAAUUUGUAGACGGGGGAAAUCCCGGUGAACCUCUUUUCCUAACUCCCCUAAUUAACAACGGAUCUAUACCGAAAUCGGUUAUACAGGAAAAAGCCAAAGUUGUGGGAUCCCAAUAUCAUGGCGUGGAAAGCUAUGCUGGGUUCUUAACAGUGAAUCCCAGUUUUAACUCGAACAUGUUCUUCUGGUACUUCCCAGCUGAAAAUGAUUCUGCUUAUGCUCCUGUAGUUUUGUGGCUCCAAGGUGGUCCCGGUGCCUCAUCCUUAUUCGGCCUGUUCACGGAGAAUGGUCCAUUCGAGUUUGAUGAACAUGGCAAAUUGCAGAAACGCAACUACACCUGGAGUAGAACCCACAACUUGAUAUUCAUUGAUAAUCCUGUGGGAACGGGUUUUUCAUUUACCGACCGUGACGAGGGUUAUGCUAAAAAUGAAAAAGAUGUGGGUCACAAUCUACACGAAGCCAUGCAACAAUUGUAUGAACUAUUCGAGUGGAGUCAAGAUUCCGGAUUUUGGAUAACAGGAGAAUCGUAUGCUGGAAAAUACGUACCCGCAUUGGCCUAUCACAUUCAUAAGGUUCAAAACUCCAUUGAUACCCGUGUUCACAUACCGCUGAAGGGUGUAGCAAUUGGCAAUGGUCUUUCCGAUCCGAUUCAUCAACUCAAAUAUGGUGAUUAUUUGUAUCAACUUGGCUUAAUCGAUGACCAUGGAUUGAAAGAAUUCCAUAAAGCCGAGGCGGCUGGAGUUAAAUGUAUUGAAAAACACGAUAUGGAUUGUGCUUUUGACAUCUUUGAUAAUCUUCUGAACGGCGAUAUGGUCAAUGGCUCGUUAUUCAGCAAUCUGACCGGCUUUAAUUACUACUAUAACUAUUUGCAUACAAAGGGUGAUAAUUACGGUCAAAUCAUGGGUGAUUUUAUACAAUCAAGCACCACAAGACGUUCCAUACAUGUCGGCAAUUUGACAUUCCACGAUUUGGAUACCCAAAACAAAGUGGAAUUGUUCUUGAAACGUGAUGUCAUGGACACAGUAGCACCUUGGAUUGCAGAGCUUUUAAAUUAUUACACCGUUUGUAUUUAUAACGGACAGUUGGAUAUCAUUGUGGCAUAUCCAUUGACUCGUAACUAUUUAAAUCAUUUGAAAUUCAAAGACGCCGAUCUGUACAAAGUGGCGAAGCGUGAAAUAUGGCGUGUUGAUGAUGAAAUUGCCGGUUAUGUUAAACAUGCCGGACAUUUGGUUGAGAUCAUGGUACGCAAUGCAGGACAUAUGGCACCGACCGACCAACCCAAAUGGUUAUUCUGGAUGAUUGAUCAUUUAACUCAUUACAAGAAGAUUGCAUAAAUUGUAUGUAA